AUUUUCUGGUAAAUUAUAAAUAAUAUUUCCAACUUAUAAAAUUGUAUUUAUAAUUUCUUUCUGUUUAAAAACGAAAUCGAAUUAAUCUUUAUACUUUAACUGUUCACCAUUCUUCUUCAAACUCAGCGUUUAUUGAAGAUGGAUAGCGAAAAGAAGAAGAAUUAUAUCGAAGGCUGCGAUGAGAUAGACGAAAUUGAAAGCAAACCCAAGGACCUUGAUUCGAAAUCUCUUCGGCCUUCUAGUUCUUCCAAAUCACAAAUUGGCGACGAUGCAGAAAAAACCUUUGAUGUGGAUGAAUUUAUUGAAAGCGCUUGCGGUUUGAGAUCAGAUCCGAUGCCACUAUUGAUGGCAGAACAGCCAAACUCUUCAGAAAGGGACAGCGUUACAGAUUCACCAAACUGCAGACCAGGUGUCAAGAAAACAAGUGUAAUGUUGGAUGAAAGCGUCAUGGCGUCGUGGCUCUCUGAAAGCAGUUCAGAUAGCCAUUGGAGCAUAGAUCAAGAAGAUAAUGAUAGACAAAAGCUACGUGCUGAAGAUGAAAGGCAUUAG